CCCAGCUGAGCCUGGCACGAUGUGGAGCUGCAGCUCGCUCAACGGCACGGGCCGGGGCGAGGACCAGCCCCUCUGCCCGCACUUCCACCUGGUCCUGUCUGUCUUCUCCCUGCUCUACUUGGUGGUGGGUGUCCCCAUCGGCCUAGGCUACAAUGCCCUGCUGGUGCUGGUCAACCUGCAGGACCAGAGCAGCAUGACCAUGCCUGAUGUGUACUUCGUGAACAUGGCAGUCGCUGGCCUAGUGCUCAGCGUCCUGGCACCCGCCCACCUGCUUGGCCCCAGCACCUCAGGAUGGGCUCUGUGGGGCUUCAGCAGCGAGGCCCACGUCACACUGCUGGUUCUGUUCAACGUCUGCUCCCUGGUGACCAUGUAUUCCACGGCCCUGCUCAGCCUUGACUAUUAUAUUGAGCGGGCCCUGCCACGCACCUACAUGUCCAGCGUCUACAAUAGCCGGCACGUGUGUGGCUUUGUCUGGGGCGGGGCCCUGCUCACCAGCUUCUCCUCCUUGCUCUUCUAUAUCUGUAGCCAUGUGGCGGCCAGGAUCGUCGAGUGCGCCAAGAUGCAGCACACGGAGGCUGCUGAUGCCAUCCUGGUAUUUAUCGGGUACCUGGUGCCCGGCCUGGCUGUGCUCUACGCCCUUGCGCUCAUCUCAAGGAUCCGCAAGGAGGACACGCCUCUUGACCACGACUCUGGGAGGCUGGACCCCUCGGUGCACAGGCUCCUGGUGGCCACUGUGUGCACACAGUUUGGACUUUGGACGCCGCACUACCUGACCCUCCUGGGGCACACGUCCCUGGCCUUGCGGGGGGAGCCUGUAGACGGGCAGCACCUGGGAAUACUGCUCUUUGCCAAGGACUUGUCCCGGUGCCUGGCCUUCUCCAGCAGCUCUGUGACGCCGCUGCUGUAUCGCUACAUCAACAGGAGCUUCCCCAGCAAGCUGCGGCGGAUGGUGAAGAAAAUGCCCUGUGGACGCCAGAGCUGCUCUGUGGACCAGGUGGGGGUCCAGCAGGUGCUGGCAUAGAUGGCUAGCAGUAGG